AUGAAAGGCCUAGAAUCUAAACUGGCGAAAGAUCCCGAACUACGAACUAAUGUUCAUCGGCAAAUUCGUGAGUACGUUGAAAACGAUUACACACAUAGGGCAACAAAUGAAGAAUUGGCGCUGGUGGAUCCUAGUCGCGUCUGGUACCUGCCGCUUAAUGUAGUAGCUCAUCCAAAGAAGCCGGAAAAGAAGCGACUCGUAUGGGAUGCGGCUGCGCAAGUAGAAGGGGUUUCGUUGAACUCUCAACUUCUGAAAGGUCCAGAUCUGCUGGCCCAGCUACCGGGUGUUAUAAGCAGAUUCCGUGAAAGACGUAUUGCUUUUGGGGGGGACAUCGAAAAAAUGUUCCAUCAAAUCCGGAUCAAAAGAGAGGACACACAUUCACAGCGAUUUUUGUUCCGUUUUGAUGUCAGUCAGGAACCAGAAAUAUAUAUUAUGGACGUCGCAACGUUUGGCGCUACUUGUUCGCCAUGCAUAGCGCAGUACGUUAUGCAUCGUAAUGCGGAUGAAAAUGCGAAGGAGUUUCCGGUGGCGGCAGCAGCGAUCAAAAAGAAAACCUACAUGGACGACUACUUUGAUAGUGCUGACACGCCAGAAGAAGCAACGGAACGGGCAAUGCAAGUGAAGCUAAUCCACUCGAAGGCUGGCUUCAAUAUGCGAAAUUGGGUCAGCAACAGCGACGUGGUCCUGCGCAAUCUCGGUAAGAUUUGCGAACAGCGAUUGUUAUGUUUCGAUGGCAGCAAGGAAGAGAAGCAGCAACGAGUUAUUGGAAUCGCUUGGAUGCCAGAGAAGGAUGUCUUCGUGUUUUCUACGAAUUGGUCGAGUCAUCUGGCUCCGUAUAUUUACGACGGAUUACGACCAACAAAGCGAAUCGCUCUACGCAUAAUUAUGAGCCUAUUUGAUCCAGUUGGAAUGCUAGCUCCGUUUUUGAUUCAUGGCCGUAUUAUGAUUCAAGAUUUGUGGCGCAUUGGCCUGGAUUGGGAUGUUAAAGUGGAGGAUAAGGAGUUCGAAAAGUGGCUGCGCUGGAUUAGCCUACUUCCGAACAUCAGCGAGCUUCAGAUUCCCCGCUGCUAUUUUGGCGACGCUCAUCCUAAAUCAUACCGUUCGUUAGAGCUACACAUCUUUACCGACGCUGGUGAGUUGGGCUAUGGUUGUUCGGCAUACUUUCGAGUUGAGACCGACAAAGGUGUACGGUGUUCAUUGGUUAUGGCGAAAAGCAAGGUAGCUCCGUUGAAGUACCAAUCGAUCCCACGUAUGGAGCUACAGGCCGCCUUGCUGGGAGCAAGAAUGAUGCACACCGUUUGUGACAACCACACGCUACCAAUCAAAGAAAAAUUCAUUCAUACUGACGCAGAAGUAGUUCUGGCCUGGAUACGUUCUCACCAUAGGAACUACAAACCAUUUGUUGCGUAUCGUGUUGGUGAGAUUUUGUCGCUGACACAGCCCGAGAUUUGGCGGUACGUUCCGUCGAAGGCGAACAUUGCGGACUGCCAAACAAAAUGGGGCAAAGAAACAGUACUACAAUCUGGUGGACAAUGGUUCAAAGGACCAUCGUUUCUAUAUCUCCCUCGAGAAUUCUGGCCAAAGCAAAAGAAGAUAGCGGAUACAUCAGAAGAACUGAGAACAUGUAUCCUGCUACACCACGUCGCAGUCCCGAAAAGUUUGAUGGAUUUCACACGAAUCUCUAAAUGGAAGGUGCUUUUACGAACCGUGGCAUUGGUGAGGCGUUUCAUUUCUAACUGUCGUCGGCGGGUGCUGGGUCAAUCUAUAGAAACCAUUAAAGCAAGCAAAGUCCAUUUAAAGCUUCUUCGUCGUACAGUGCCAGCGGAAAUUGUUCAUCUUCGCCAGCAUGAGUAUCAGGGAGCUGAACAGUACCUGUGGCGCGUGGCGCAAAGUGAUUACUAUCCGGACGAAACAAGAAUCCUUUUGCAUAAUCGCGAAGAACAGCAAGACAACAAACGAUUGAAUGUCGAGAAAACCAGCCCCCUAUAUAAGUUUUCCACGAUUAUUGAUGAGUUUGGCGUCGUAAGGAUGGAAGAUCGGACUACGAAUGCGAGUUAUGCAACCUUUUACGCUUGGUUUCCGGUGAUAUUACCAAAAGAUCACCCAAUAACAAAGUUGCUACUGGAAGAUUACCAUAACAGAUAUGGACACACCAAUCUCGAAACAGUUGUCAAAUAG